AGGUUGAAGAAAAUUUUGAUAUACAUUUACAAAUGGUAUAAAUACAAAUUGGGAAACUGUUUGACUGCGAAGAACAGAUACGAAAGAAGCGCCCAACUCUCUACUGGCGCUGCCUCGCUUCAAAAGAUUUGGGGUUGGUGAGUUAGUUGGGUAAUCUUAAUCCUAAGAGACAGCCUAAAAAUCUGAAACCACGAUUUUUAUAUCUCAACUUUUCUGCAUUAAACCUUCAUCUCAUCAGAUGCAGCAUGAGGGCUCGAAUGCUGAACAGGACCUUGAAAGGCAGGGAAACAACAAUCACGAAGUUUCUGGGGUUGAGGACAAUUCUGCUUUGCCUACUAUUGUGAUCUCUGAUGGUGAUUCUCAUCAGCACUCUUCUAAUGAUGAACUGCCUCAGGUUUUAUCCCCCAAGAAGGGUUACUUGUCAAGAACUGGUAGUUCUCAAGAACAGUGCAGAGUUUGUCAGCAGGACAAGGAAGAAGCUUUGAUAGAUCUUGGAUGCAAAUGCCGAGGUGGUCUCGCAAAAGCCCACCGUUCAUGCAUAGACACUUGGUUUCACUCCAAGGGAUCAAACAAAUGCGAGAUAUGCCAAGAGGUUGCUGCAAAUGUACCUCUUCCAGAGACCCAGCCAGUUCAGACGAAUUACUUGGUAUGGAGCAGUAUCAACCAAACCUUUCGAUCACAAGAUCGUGAAAGGGUAGGAGUAAUGGGAUGCUUUAGUCCACUCUGGGUGGCAUUCUCUAUCCUAAUUGGUGGUCUCAUUUUAGAUGUGCUGAUAUCAAUUACACUUGGUGUCGCUGCUCUCCCGGUCAAUAUUAUAAUAGGUGUUAUUGUUGUGCUAGGACUUGGGACUGCACUUCGUCUUGCCCUGGAAUUUUGCCAUGAGUGGAGUUUGAGGAGAGUUGGUCAAAGGGUAGACACAAAUGUGGCGUUGUAGAUAAAUCUGUAUAUAAUGAAGUUCAGUACUUAAAAAGUGAAAUCUUAAUCUGUCCACAUGUUUAUAACUCAGUUUUUUAUUUGUUUUAUGAGGGCACCUUUGUUGGUUACUGCUGACAUUGGUGCACCCCGAUGAAUACUGAAAAAACAUCUACUUGAUCGGUUUGAGAAAUUGUAGAGUUUGACAUGAAGCGACUAUUCGGAUAACCAUAAAAUGAGUUUAAGUCUGCUGUCAGUGAGACUGUAAGCUGUUUCUUUUAUGAUCCGAAUGAAUGGUACGAUUUGAAAGGGUUAUCAUCAUCA